AUGCGUCUAAUUUGGAUCUGCCCGCAAAAGAGGAUGCGCCUCGCAAAAAAAAAAAGAAAGAGGGGUACAUACCCCACGGGGCCCGGGCGUGUGCGCUCGGCCGCCACGAGUGUACCCCGAAUGUACGUAUUCGGGAUACUAUAUAUAACGAAGGGUUCGUCCUUCGGGAGAUUUAGUAAAACUCUCGGGAUGACGAGCGAAGCAAGAGACUCGCGGACGGGGAACACGGACUUUAGCAUAGCCCGCAUACUUGCAAACGACCCGCCGGUCACGGAUGUCGACGUCGCACGGAAACGACGCGAGUUCCCAGGACGCGAGUCUUCGCGGUGGAGAACGGAAGCCGGUGGUGAACGGACAUCGGGACCUCAGGACUUAGGGGAGCAGCGCGACACAUCGGGCGAGUCGUGUCGCGAUGACGACAAGGACGCGGCACGACGAACCGACCUCACGUGGCUCCAGUACACCCGGUACAGGCCGCCGAGACUCCCCAGGAAGUCUCUCGCCGAGAGACGAGUUAAACGACGAGCGGGCGACCACCCUCGCAUCCCGUUCUCCUCGUCCCAGCUGCAAGUGUUGGAGGAUAGGUACCAGAGAGGCGCCUACCUGUCCAGGAACGACGUCGUCGAGAUGUCCGCGACGCUACGAUUACCGCAGAGCAAAAUUAAGAUCUGGUUUCAAAAUCGUCGAGCGAGGCAAAGACGCGAAUCGCUGAAUUCCAUGACGACUCGACGACGAGGGUGAAAUAAUUGGCGAUGAUUCUUUUGGAAUCUGGAUUGGAGAGAUUUAGUAAUCGUCGGAACGAUCGACGGUAUAUUGGUUUUGAAUUGCAAUAUCAUUCCGAGCCUUGGUAAAAAAAUUUUUAUGCAUGAGCAUGCAUAAAUAUAAUAUUGUAAUAAGCUAU